UUUUUUUUUUUUUGAAAACUGUAGGCAGAUCACUGUGAACGACCCACAAGAACUGAUUGGUAUUUGUGUGGCGGCCUUUGGCGUAUGGUGAGAAUGAUCUUUCUGUGUUAUUAUAACUGGCAUUUGUCAUAAAUCAGCAUUGAAGCCUCUCAUUGACCCAUGUCUGAGUCCAAUAUAACUGAGAUUUACCCAGCAAGCUGUCCAGCAAACACACCGAGGAGGGCAGUGAGUGAUCCCAUGAAUUCUCAUGCGCCGGGCACACGGUUCUGCAUCAAAUCUACUGAUCUGGCACAACUUGAAGAGAAACACGUUUAUACAAAUAAUUAAACCCAACAACAAGUGUUUAGGCUGGAGACCAAACGAGAUGGUAAUGUAUUCCACAUGUUGGUAUCAGGCUUCAAAUACGGUGCUAUAUGAUUGUGCCUUUCAGCAUAUGUCUAAAAAGAGAAGAAAAUACUUGAUUUCCAUUUGCCAUAAAAUCACCAGACACAACAGCCAAACAAGUCAGAAAAACUGGUAGGCCUGCGUUUACAAACACAAAUAUUAUUGAGUGCAGAACCAAUAAAUCUGCAGCUCAGAGGCCAAUGAUUCAUGAAUCAUUACAAAACGUCUCAGAACGGUUUAUGUGUUGUAAUGUGAAAUAUGACUCGUUUUAUUGCCCAUAUUUACUUCAUACCUUGUCACGUCCUGCGCGUGCUUUACAAAGCGAAUAAUUUAUAAGACCGACCAGUUUGUUGGUCACUUUUGGCCUAUGCCAUCAUCAGCAUGAGCUUAACAGGGAUCGAUCGGUCUUUUAACGGGCCUGCCUUAUUGGAAUCAAAUGACACACAAACACAGGCCGCUCUCUAUGAAGUCAAGGUGUUCAAUAUCACCCUUUCUUCAGUAGCUCUGUGCAUCCUGACGGUGACAGGAAUCAUCAGCUGUAUAUUGUACCGAAGACACAGAAGGAAGUGUAAGCGGGCACACGUCUAUGAGAGCGCCGUGGCCUGCGAGGUUCCUGAAGAGCCAGCGGGUGUUAUGUGUGUGAGGAAAACCCAUAGUUGUCGUAACCCGCUCGCCCUGUUUAGAAGACAGGAGGGGCUGAAGGACAACUCACACAUCCACUACAUCUACACCAACCCUCUGCCUGUAGGACACGAGGAGGACAGGAUCCCCCCUCACACAGUGUCCAUACACACCCCUCUCCCACUGCAGGACUACGCCAACGACCCCAACAGCGGCAUCAUCCUAGCCCCGCCCAUUUUUUUACAUGCAGCUGUAGAAAGGUAG